AUGGCUCAGAAUUUACCUUUCAAACUAUCAAACUCAGAUCUGCUGAAGACAGAUGCAUAUGUCAACGGCACCUGGACGAAGGCAUCAUCAGGGAAAACAUUCGAUAUCGAGGAUCCGGGAACAGGCAAGGUCUUCGCCUCCAGUCCCGAUUUCAACAAGUCCGACAUCGACGCAGUGGUGAAGUCAUCGCACGAGGCCUUUCAGAAAUAUCGCUACGAGAACCCGCGAUCAAGAGCGAAAAAGCUCUUAGAGUGGGACCGAUUGAUUCGGGAAAACCGCGAUGACAUCGCCACGGUACUGACUCACGAGUCUGGAAAGCCUCUGGCGGAGGCGCAGGGAGAGCUUGACUAUGCGCUGGGAUUCACCUGGUGGUUCGCUGGGGAGGCUGAACGCAUCCGCGGGAACAUUUCAACUCCAUCUGCGCCUAACAGGAGGGUCUUGGUUGUGAAACAGCCAAUUGGUGUGACGGUUGCUUUGGUUCCAUGGAACUUCCCCAUUGCCAUGAUCCUACGCAAAGCCGGAGCUGCCUUCGCUGCCGGUUGUACAAUGAUUGCGAAGCCAUCUCCAGAGACGCCACUCACCUGCCUCAUCCUCGCGAACCUGGCGACGCAAGCCGGAUUCGGUCCUGGUGUUUUCAACGUCAUCACAACAUCGCUCGAGAACACACCCGAGGUGGCUGAAGCCCUAUGCAAACACCCUCUGACCAAGAAAGUGUCGUUCACCGGCUCUACCGCCAUUGGGAGUCUUAUUGCCAAGCAUUGCUCCGAGGGCCUCAAGAAAGUCACCCUGGAGCUUGGAGGGAACUGCCCAUUUAUCAUCUUUGACGACUGCAACCAGGAACAGGCCCUGGAAGCAUUGCUUGCGCUGAAGUGGAGACACGCAGGGCAGGCAUGCAUCACGGCGAACAGAGUCUACGUACAAGCCAAGAUAUACGAGGAGUUCUUGGACAAGCUGGUUGAGCGCACCAAGACCAUCAAGAUGGGCCACGGAGCAAAGGACGGCACGACAAUGGGACCUCUGACGACACCCCGGGCAAUUCCCAAGGCCCAGGCUCACGUCAAGGAUGCUGUUCAGGCCGGCGCCAAGGUGGUGCUGGGCGGCAAAGCGGGCACCGAAGUGGGCCUCGAGGCCGGCUACUUUCACGAGCCUACCAUUCUGCGCGACAUGAGGCAGUCGAUGCUGAUCAGCCGGGAAGAGACAUUUGCGCCGGUCCUUGGAGUUUACAGCUUCGAUACCGAGGACGAGGUGGUGAAGUGGGCAAACGACACCAGCAUGGGUCUCGCCAGUUACUUCUUCACCAAGAACAUGGACCGGACCUGGCGUCUCAUGGAGAACCUCGACGCGGGGAUGAUCGGGAUGAAUACCGGCAACUCGUCGGCAGCCGAGUCUCCGUUCGGCGGAAUGAAGUUGUCAGGGUACGGCAAGGAGUCCGGAAAGGAUGUCGCAAUCGAGGAGUAUCUGGUCUCGAAGACAGUGACAAUGACCUUGGAGGACCACUACUAA